AUGGCCGUCUUCAGUUUACAAUUACGACGAUCGGGGCAUGCACCAGUAUUCCGCAGGCGACAGGGGCAGUUAGUCAGUACUCGUAUAAGAGAUAUAGCUCACUUUUAUAUAAUUGGAGUUGGACUUAUACCUAUGUUCUUGAUUCUCGCUUAUAACGCGAUCAAAUAUGGCCCUUGCGAACUCAAAGACUACCCUACUGAGGGCCCCCCUCCACGUCAUUGGCAGUUUGAGAGAACGCCCAUCCGUCAGUGGUGGGCAAAACACUUUGGUGCUUCCGAUAUUGAACGCCACGAGAGGACCAUGGCUUAUCGAAUUAGAUGCGAAAUUUUGAAUCGGUGGAGGCGAAUUGAAAACCGUGUAAAACAUCUUGAACAUGAGCGACUGGAUUACAAAGGAUGGACUUAUCAACCAGUCUCGACUACAUGGGUUGAUUAUGGUCGAUGGCAGGCCGAGAAGUAUAGAGACCAGUAUGAGGGACAUGGUCAUCAUGCGUUGUAG